GUUUGGCCAGAAACAGCACACCGGUUGGUGCAAGUGGCAUAUUCUUCGUAAGGCUAAAGAGAGUUUGGGUUUUCAUUAUACAAAGAAGAGUGACUUCCGAGCAGAAUUCCAUAGAUUUGUGAACGACAUGCUAACUAUCGAAGAGUUUGAGAAGGGGUGGCUGGAGAUUAUGAAGAAAUACAGUUUGUAGAGCAAUACAUUCCUGAUACAAAAUUUGAGGUGAGGCGGAAGUGGGCUAAGCCAUAUUUUUCUGGAAAAUUUUGUGCAAAAAUGACGGGCACACAAAGGAGUGAGAGCGCAAAUCACAUGCUUAAGAAUUAUGUUCCUCCAGCAUGCCCAAUGAAUCUUUUUGUGAAGCAUUAUGCAAAAGUACUAUUUGAUAGAGAGCAAGAAGAAGGUUUCCAAGAAAAGAGCACCAAAUUGGCAGGAGUAGUUCUAAAAGUUAACAUACCAAUUGAACGCCAUGCAAGCACGGUGUAUACUCGGGCCAUGUUCGAGCUGUUUGGAAAAAGUCUUUACUACUCAGGUUCUUAUUACAUCAAAGAAUUAGUUCCAAGGACUGAGUACCUGGCAACACACGUGAAGGCGGAAUCGAGGGAGAAAUGGUACAAGAGCAGAUACAAGGUGGUUGUUUCAGAAUUCAGAGAUUUUUUCAGUUGUGAGUGUGGACUCUUUGAGCAUAUGGGGAUGAUUUGUUGCCAUGCACUAAAGGUGAUGAUAGUGUUGGGAUUGAAUGAGAUACCAAGGAAGCACAUACUGAAAAGAUGGACAGUAGAUGCGCGUGAUAGCCUUCCUGAACAUCUGAAGCAUUAUCAAAAAGAUGUAGGCCUACCUGAUUGCACCACUUUCAGGCACAAUGCUAUGUACAUCUCGGCCCUGGAAUUGGUUAUGAUGGGUGAUAGCAAUCCAGAGGCUUUUGAUUAUGUCAUGAGCGGCCUGGCAGAACUGAAGAAGGGAGCUUUGCCACUAAGUAAUCUAAAAGAUGGAAUGAGUCUAAUUGAAAAAAGGAAGGCAUGCAACUCUUCUUCUGUUGGUAAAUCUGUUCCUUCAAAGUGUAGUCAGAAGCAAAAUAUUGAUGAUGGAGCUGCGUCAAGUGCUGGGAAAAUUGAAUGGAGAAAUGCAAAAGCAAGAACGGUAGGAGGGGAUGGGAAAUCUUCAGUCAAUGGUAAUGGGAACAUUGAAGCUAAUUCGGCCUCGUCUACUGUACAGGGGGACGACCUGAGCACGGUUGAUUCAAAUAUUGCAUUAACUUCUAGAACCAUGGAUACAGAAAGCAACAUGUCCCUGUUACCCCCUAAGAAGAAGCCUAGGAUGAGAGGUCAUCCGACAACGGCAAGAGACAAGUCGAAUUAUGAAAUAAAUGACAAGCGAUCGAGGUUUUGCACCAUUUGCCGUGGGAAGGGGCACAAGAGAACUACAUGCCCUCAAAGGGGCAACGAAGCGCAGAAGCCGAGGAAGAUUCCGACAUGUACAAAUUGUGGCAUAGCCGGUCAUCGUAGGAAUACUUGUUCAAAAGUUUUGUACUCUACAUUGGAUGGGGUCCCCUCUGUAGGAUGUAUCUGAAUUGAUUAU